CCCGGACCUGAGCUGGAGAUGCUGGCCGGGCUACCGACGUCAGACCCCGGGCGCCUCAUCACGGACCCGCGCAGUGGCCGCACCUACUUCAAAGGCCGCUUGUUGGGCAAGGGGGGCUUCGCCCGCUGCUACGAGGCCACUGACACAGAGACUGGCAGCGCCUACGCUGUCAAAGUCAUCCCGCAGAGCCGCGUCGCCAAGCCGCAUCAGCGCGAGAAGAUCCUAAAUGAGAUUGAGCUGCACCGAGACCUGCAGCACCGCCACAUCGUGCGUUUUUCGCACCACUUUGAGGACGCUGACAACAUCUACAUUUUCCUGGAGCUCUGCAGUCGAAAGUCCCUGGCCCACAUCUGGAAGGCCCGGCACACCCUGUUGGAGCCAGAAGUGCGCUACUACCUGCGGCAGAUCCUUUCCGGCCUCAAGUACUUGCACCAGCGCGGCAUCUUGCACCGGGACCUUAAGUUGGGAAAUUUUUUCAUCACUGAGAACAUGGAACUGAAGGUGGGGGAUUUUGGGCUGGCAGCCCGGUUGGAGCCUCCGGAGCAGAGGAAGAAGACCAUCUGUGGCACCCCCAACUAUGUGGCUCCAGAAGUGCUACUGAGACAGGGCCAUGGGCCCGAGGCGGAUGUGUGGUCACUGGGCUGUGUCAUGUACACGCUGCUCUGCGGGAGCCCUCCCUUUGAGACAGCUGACCUGAAGGAGACGUACCGCUGCAUCAAGCAGGUUCACUACACGCUGCCUGCCAGCCUCUCACUGCCUGCUCGGCAGCUCCUGGCUGCCAUCCUUCGGGCCUCACCCCGAGACCGCCCCUCUAUUGACCAGAUCUUGCGCCAUGACUUCUUUACCAAGGGCUACACCCCCGAUCGACUCCCUAUCAGCAGCUGCGUGACAGUCCCAGACCUGACACCCCCCAACCCGGCUAGGAGUCUGUUUGCCAAAGUUACCAAGAGCCUCUUUGGCAGAAAGAAGAACAAGAGUAAGAAUCAUGCCCAGGAGAGGGACGAGGUCUCCUGUUUGGUAAGCGGCCUCAUGCGCACGUCGGUUGGCCAUCAGGAUGCCAGGCCAGAGGCUCCAGCAGCUUCUGGCCCAGCCCCUGUCAGCCUGGUAGAGACAGCACCUGAGGACAGCUCACCCCGUGGGACACUGGCAAGCAGUGGAGAUGGAUUUGAAGAAGGUCUGACUGUGGCCACAGUAGUGGAGUCAGCCCUCUGUGCGCUGAGAAACUGUGUCGCCUUCAUGCCCCCAGCGGAACAGAACCCGGCCCCGCUGGCCCAGCCAGAGCCUCUGGUGUGGGUCAGCAAGUGGGUUGACUACUCCAAUAAGUUCGGCUUUGGGUAUCAACUGUCCAGCCGCCGUGUGGCUGUGCUCUUCAACGAUGGCACACAUAUGGCCCUGUCAGCCAACAGAAAGACUGUGCACUACAACCCCACCAGCACAAAGCACUUCUCCUUCUCCGUGGGUGCUGUGCCCCGGGCCCUGCAGCCUCAGCUGAGUAUCCUGCGGUACUUCACCUCCUACAUGGAGCAGCACCUCAUGAAGGGUGGAGAUCUGCCCAGUGUGGAAGAGGUAGAGGUACCUGCUCCACCCUUGCUGCUGCAGUGGGUCAAGACGGACCAGGCUCUCCUCAUGCUGUUUAGUGAUGGCACUGUCCAGGUGAACUUCUACGGGGAUCACACCAAGCUGAUUCUCAGUGGCUGGGAGCCCCUCCUUGUGACUUUUGUAGCCCGAAAUCGUAGUGCUUGUACUUACCUCGCUUCCCACCUUCGGCAGCUGGGCUGCUCUCCAGACCUGCGGCAGCGACUCCGCUAUGCUCUGCGCCUGCUCCGGGACCGCAGCCCAGCCUAGGACCCAAGCCCUGAGGCCUGAGGCCUGUGCCUGUAAGGCUCUGGCCCUUGCCUUUGUGGCCCUCCCCAUUCCUUUGGUGCCUCACUGGGGGCUUUGGGCCGAAUCCCCCAGGGAAUCAGGGACCAGCUUUACUGGAGUUGGGGGCAGCUUGUCUUUGCUGGCUCCUACCCCCUCUCCAAGAUAAGCCUGAGCCUUAGCUCCCAGCUAGGGGGCGUUAUUUAUGGACCACUUUUAUUUAUUGUCAGACACUUAUUUAUUGGGAUGUGAGCCCCAGGGGGGCCUCCUCCUAGGAUAAUAAACAAUUUUGCAGAA